UUCCAAUCCUGAAUUUUCAUAAUUUGUUUUUUCAACAUCUUUAGAGUUUGGUCCUCAGAAACUCAUGGGCCAGGAAAAUAAAACCCAGACAUGGGUGAGGGAGUUCAUUCUACUAGGGUUGUCCAGUGACUGGAAGAUGCAAGUCUUCCUCUUUGUCCUGGUCCUGACCAUGUACUUGGUGACUCUGGUGGGAAAUAUUCUCAUUCUUCUUCUGAUCAGACUGGACAGCAGGCUUCAUAACCCCAUGUACUUCUUCCUUAGUGUUUUAUCCUUUGUGGACCUUUGUUAUUCAAACAGUAUUGCCCCACAAAUGCUGGCCCACCUGCUCUCAGCCCGGAAGUCCAUCCCAUUCUACAGCUGUGUGCUCCAGCUCUACAUCUCCCUGGCCCUGGGUGGGUCUGAGUUCUUCCUGCUGGGAGCCAUGGCCUAUGACCGCUAUGUGGCUGUGUGCCACCCACUACACUACACAGUCAUCAUGCAUGGACAGCUGUGUCUGGGGCUGGCUGCUGGCUGCUUGGUGGUUGGUUUUGCCAAUUCACUGAUGGAGACAAUCAUUACCUUCUGGCUUCCUCUGUGUCACAAUGUUAUUAAUCACUUUGCCUGUGAGACCUUAGCAGUGCUACGGCUAGCCUGUGUGGACAUCUCCUUCAACAAGGUCAUGGUGGCCAUCUCAGGAUUUCUGGUGAUCAUGCUUCCCUGUUUCCUGGUUCUGUUCUCCUAUGUUCGUAUAGUUGCUGCCAUUCUGAAUAUUCGUUCUGCUCAGGGACGUAGCAAAGCCUUUGGGACGUGUGCCUCCCACCUCACUGUGGUUUGUAUGUGCUUUGGGGCUACCAUCUUCACCUACCUGGGGCCACAGUCAGCCUCCUCAGAGGAAGAGGAGAAGACGGUUGCUCUAUUCUAUGCUCUGGUGGCACCUAUGCUGAACCCCAUGAUCUAUAGCUUGAGGAAUAAGGAAGUUAUGGCUGCUCUCCAAAAGGUUCUAGAGAAAUUCUGAGAUAAAGAGUAAAGA